AUGGCGUCCAUAACUCAAGAGCAGCUAAAAAUCAUUGAACAGACUCGGCAACGGCUCGUUAACCUGACCCAGUCACUGGGAUCUUUAGUCAACAAUAUCUCACAGAGCCAGCCACUCCCAGCUUGGUCAUCACUUCAAUCACAAGCUACAAUAAUAUCGAACAACCUUCUUACCAUAUCCCAGCUGCUUCAUGAACAUCGCGAUCUAUUCUCGUCCCUGGUUGUGUAUCCAACACCCGCGUUCCCCGGCAGGACAGAAUCCUCUAUGCUUAAUCAGCUUAUGCGAACAAAACUGGAACCCCGGGUAGAAGACUGGCUAGCUCACGGGCGAUCGGUGGGAAAAGAAGUUCUUGGGCAACCAAGUGGUGACCAACAACAACUUACAGCUGGCAAUACUUCAACGUCUGAAAAGGGUGCUAAUACACAACAGUUAUCGGGGGAAGACUUACAAGCUCUGUGGGAAUGGGCACCUAUUGAGGCUAACAUGGAAGCUAGAAGGAGAAAUUGGGGUGGUGAUUAUACUAUCGAAGAGAAGGAAGCCGGGUUAAACAACGUGGUUACAGGCCUAACCAGGAAAUUAAACGAGAAUGUCGAGGGGGCCGCUGGACGAGACCUUGACGAAUCUGAGGAUGAGGAUGAAGUGAUGGAGGGUACUGGGGAGGAGGUGAAGGCCGGUGCCAGCCUUCCAUCUAGGGAUACUCCUACCAUGCCUCUGGAAGAUUUCUUCCGAUAUAUGAUGACUGGCGCAGAGCCACGACCACGUUGA